AUGCUACUGCAGAUAGCAAUGCAAAUGGAGAACAGAGUUGAGUUGGAUGCUAAGACAAGGGACAAAGCUAAGCCUGCUGACUCAACCGGCGAUAAUACGACCUCAAAAAGCGAUGACAUCAUCAGGAUAACGCAAUUAGAAGAGCAACUGGAACAGACUCGGGACGAGCUAGUACGGACUCAGGACCAGCUGGAACGCAGCAUUGCCAGCAAUUGGGGAGGAAGAGGGGAAGAAGGGAGAGGGAGAGGGAAAGGAGGAGAGGGAGAGGGGAGAGAGAAGGAGGGAGAGAGGGAACAGCAGUUGAGGGAGAAAGAGAAGGAGAUUUUGGAACUGAAAGAAGAGUUGUCGGCUGCUCAGAGGAGAGAGAAGGGGGUGAGGAAGAAGAUGGCAGGUGGUGCAGACUCCCAGAAGAGAGUUCAGGAACUUGAGAGACAGUCUGGUCAGAAGAAGCAGAUUGCCUCCCUGAUGGAGGAACUGAAGAAAAUACGUCGUGUUGAUGAUCGUGAGAUGGGGCCUUCGAUGGGAGAAGGGGAAGAGAGGGAGGGAAGACCGACUGGUGCUGGGGGUGUGGGAGGUGAGGACGAUUCGGAGCGAAAAGCAUUGAUCAGAGAGAACAAGGUUAUCAAGCAGCAGCUGUCGGCCGUCAAGAUAGAGGCAGAUCACGAGCGGCUGCAGCUGGAGACGAGACUAGCAGAGACAGGGGCACGAGCAAGAUCUCUCAGAGAGGACUCCAAUUCUCUGAUUUCAUCGCUAAAGCGAGGUCACGUGACUGAAGUUGACUCUCUCAAGGCCCAGCUGGCAAGACUCCACAGCCACUCAGAGAUGGCUUCUCUUCGAUCAAAACUAUCUUCUCUUCAGGUGGAACACCAUCUACUGCAGCAGAGACUGGAGGAGAGGGAGGAGGAGAGAGAGGACCUCCAGGCUGCCAGGGAGAGACAGAAGGAGCUGAGUCAGCAGUUGCAGCUGCUCUCAGAGCAACUAGUGGAGGCAAAGAGACACCACUCCCCCCGGAAGUGGAGGCGAGUGGUGCAGGCAAAGGACACGGAGAUUGCUCAGUUCAGCAUGGACGGUGACGAGUUUAGCGCCGGAGAGGAAGAGGGGGAUUUCGAGGAGGGGGGAGGGCAGGAGGAGGAGAUGGUGGAGUUUAUUACUAACGAGGGAGACCAGCCAGUUCCCCUCGAAGAAAGGACCUCCACUCCCUACAUGACAAAGUAUGAGAGAGCCAGAGUCCUUGGGACCAGGGCUCUCCAGAUCAGCAUGGGGGCACCAGUCAUGGUAGAACUUGAAGGAGAGACCGAUCCACUCAAGAUAGCCAUGAAAGAGUUAAAGGCUAAAAAGGUUCCAAUCAUCAUCAGACGCUUCCUCCCAGACGGAAGCUACGAAGAUUGGGCAGCGGACGAGCUAAUCAUUGAGUGAUGAACAUACUUCACUGCUGGCUGUUCAUAUAAUUUCUGUCUCUCUUGCUCUCUCUCUUGCUCUUCAGUUUCUAAUAAUAAUCAUCAUACAUUGACUGGAUGUUAAGACAUUCUUUGGCCUUCCCAGCCCAUACGUUCUAUUUCACAAUGCAGUGUAGCGCCAAUGCAUAAUAGGUUUGCUUGAAAUUUAAAUGUAAUUUUCAUGGGAC